AUGGCAGAAGCUAUUGGUGUUGCUUCUGCUGUCAUCACGUUUCUUGAGGUAGCGACUAAGUUCGUCACUUUCAUCCAAGAAGUCAGGGACUCUGGCAACCAGGUGCCGCGGUCUAUCGGGAAUAUCACUGCUCAGCUACCACUUCUGAGAGAAAUAGUUGAGCAUACACACCAGAGCGAGUUAUCGUCGAGCAAGGAUCAAACAUUUACCAGAGCCACAGCUGGUUGUACCCGUCAGAUUGAGCUGCUUGAAAAGACAGUUGCUUCGAUAACCCCCUCUCAGGGUGACUCCUCCCUCGAAAAGGCAAAAAAAAGCCUUGGGUCGCGUUCGCCGGGAAAAGGAAAUUGCUCAAGCUCAAAGAUUACUGGAAUCAUACAAGACCUUGCUUUCCCUAAAGCUUGA